AUGUACAGUGGAAUUCUCUUCUUGUCACUCGUUGGCUUCCUCCCACUCGUGAUACCCACAUGUCCUGUGCCAUGCAAAUGUGCCACCAACAUUAUCGACUGCACGUCAAAAGGCCUUACUGUAGCAAAACUACCAGUUGCUUUCCGCCCUUCGGCUGAAAUUAUCCACCUUGCUUACAACCAGCUCACCUCUAUUCCCAAUGGGCUCUUUGACAACCUAAGGAGCCUCCAGGUAGUUUACCUGCAGGGCAACCCCUGGGAAUGCAACUGUGACAUCCUCUACUUGCGCUCCUGGCUCCAGUGGCAGCAGAACCGGACCUUAUACAGGGAUGUGAGAUGCACCUCCCCAGCUCACCUGCAGGACCGGAUCAUUGCCUAUCUCACAGAAGACGAGAUCAUGUCCACAUGCCAGUACUGGUACUGCAGCCUGGCUUUUCUCUCUCAGCUCUGUCUCUUCAUCCUCCUUUUCCUCCAGGGUAUCUUGGUUAUUUUCAUCAUAGUCUACCUGCAGAAAUUUCGGAGAAUGACCGCUGAAGCGCGGAGCACCACCCAAGAUCUACAACAGCAUGUAGACACCUGA